AUGUGUACUGGAACUACAUGCCAAGCCAGCCAAGGUGUUUUGUUAUUUCUAAACACGAAGGGGAGUUUGUUUAUUUUUGUUGUUAGUGGUCAAGGUUUCAGUGAUUCAACUAACUAGUGAAUUUGAAAGUACCAUGACGUACAAUCAGUGUUUGUUGUACGUAACUUCAGAUAAAAGUUUUACACAAAACUUAAAUUUUGUUGAAGCAUGCAGCCACGAAUGUCACCGUGUUUGUGUUUAAUUGUGACAACAUGUGAUACGUCAGGGAAUAAAGUGCUGUAGAUCAUAAUUCUUAUGAUGUAAAACAUACUACCGGCUAUAAUUUCAAACUGAAUAUGUUUCAUGUUAGCCAGAAUAAGCGUCAGAUGCGGACGAUUACGAUCGUUUCGCAUGCACUACUAUUCAUGGUUCUUAGUGUAAGAGCCGAUGAAAGUAGUUACACAAAGAUCACCAACACUGAUUUGAUCAAAGAAGCAGAUGAUUCGCUCCUACUUUUGUCGACGCUAGACGGUUCGUUUAUUGGAAUAAGUCAGCGAACAGGAAUGGUGAAAUGGCAAAUUAAAGACGAGCCGGCUGUGAAAGUACCAAUUGACACAUCAAAAGCCAUAAACCCCAUGUACCUGCCAGACCCUAAAGAUGGUUCACUGUAUGUUUUGUCUGAGUCUGAUCAAGAUGCCUUAAAGAAACUGCCAUUUACUAUACCACAGCUUGUUGCCUCUUCACCUUGCCGAAGCAGUGAUGGGAUACUUUAUACUGGAAAGAAAGUGGACACCUGGUUUUCAGUUGAUCCUAGGACAGGAGAAAAACAGGAAGUUCUUAGCUAUGACAAAGUUGAUAAGACUUGUCCCAUUUCUAAUGCUGAAUCUGUGCUCAUUGGAAGAACAGAAUACAAUAUUAUGAUGCUGGACAGUAAAAAUAAAGGUCGUAGUUGGAAUGUGACUUUUUUUGAUUACUCAGCAAAUCUGAUGGAAGCUGAAACUCGGAAUGAUUAUCCAUACGUUCAUUUUGUGGCGAGUUCUUCAGGGCGAGCACUAAGUAUUGACAGACAUGUGGGAUCACCACUGUGGCAGCAUGACUAUGGUUCACCUGUAAUAGCUAUGUAUAUUUUAGAAGACAGUGGCCUGGUUGCUGUUCCAUUCACAAGUAUUGCAGAGGAAACAUUAGACCACCUUGUACUGCAGUUUGAAAAUGAUCCCACAUCCAUCAGCACUUUAAAGUUAUACCCAACACUCUAUGUUGGUGAGCAUUUGCAUGGCAUGUAUGCAUUACCAUCUUUGGUGGACCAAAGUACAGCAACAAUUGCACAUUUGGGUUUACCAUUACUUGAAGGACCAAGUUUGGACACGGAAGAGGCAAGCUCUGAUGCCAACAUCCCUAAAACAAAAGCUCCAGAAGCAGAUGUAACAUUUCAGAGUCUGCCUAGAGUAACUAUUGGCCAUCACAAGGUCCCAGAAUACAGUGAAACUGUAAUGAGGAUUACAGGCAGAACUGACAUAAGUGCAAUUGAUACACAUCAUAUUGUUGGUCACAAUAAAACAAAUAUAACCGUAGCUUUUGAGGGAAAUGCCCCAAGCACUGAGGCCACCAAGAGGCAAAAUAACAGUCACUUACCUUUUAUAUCAAUUGGAAUACAAACAACAAAAUUAGAUGACUUCAAAGAAAAAUUGGAGGAAUUAUAUGAUAAAUUAUCUACAGGAAGGACAUCCUUCGUUUUAUCACAGGAGUUUCCACUACUGUCUUACACCAUUGCAAAGUCAUGGCUCCGCCAACAAGAAAAUGUGGGUUUAAAGUUUACAGUAAUUCUGCUUGUUGCUUCAGUUAUUAUACUGAUUUACUUGAGAGUUCAGGAUCGUGAAUAUUUACGUUCCUCACAAGGAUCAAAUAUAAGUAAUGUAUCAAGUAGUGACAGCAAUUCACAUAUUGUGACAGCGGAAGCAGAAGAUGUUGGUGCUGGCAACAUAAGAGUUGGAAAGAUUAUCUUCAACAGAGAGCAGAUACUUGGAAAAGGCUGCGAAGGAACAUUCGUUUACAAAGGUGAAUUUGACCGGCGAGCUGUAGCUGUAAAGCGGAUAUUGCCCGAGUGCUUCACAGUAGCAGACCGUGAGGUGGCUCUUCUGCGUGAGUCAGAUGCUCAUCCAAAUGUAGUUCGCUACUUUUGCACAGAACAAGAUCGCCUUUUUCGUUAUAUUGCUCUGGAAUUAUGUGCAGCAACAUUGCAAGACUAUGUUGAGGGUAGAUUCCACAUUGGUCGAAUCUCUGCUCGUGACAUUCUCCACCAAGCAGUUGCUGGGUUGCAUCAUUUACAUUCUCUUAAUAUAGUUCACCGUGACAUAAAACCACACAAUGUCUUGCUUUCAAUGCCAGAUGGGAAAGGGGAGGUCAGAGCAAUGAUAUCAGAUUUUGGUUUAUGUAAGAAACUGAAGAUUGGGCGCACAUCUUUCUCUAGACAGUCUGGUGUAACAGGCACAGAAGGAUGGAUAGCACCAGAAAUGAUGAAUGGAUGUGUUCGUGCGACUUGUGCAGUUGAUAUAUUUUCUAUGGGGUGUGUUUUUUAUUAUGUUUUGACUGAUGGCAAACAUCCAUUUGGGGAUGAAUUGAGGAGACAGUCCAAUAUUGUUACUGGAGAAUAUAGACUGGCAGACUUGGAAGGAGAAACCAAUGCUCUGCAGCACAAUCUUAUAUCAGCAAUGAUAACAGCAGAUCCUGGUAGCAGGCCAUCAGCAGUUGCUGUUAGGAACCAUCCUGUAUUCUGGAAUGGUGCUCGAAUAUUAGCUUUCUUUCAGGAUGUAAGUGAUCACGUCGAGAAAGAUGAUUAUUCGAGUCCUGUCUUGCGUGCCUUAGAGCACUGCAGCUUGAGUGUUGUGCGCUCGGACUGGCGAGCACAUAUCAGUGAGGACGUUGCUCAGGAUCUGCGGAAAUUCCGAAGCUACACUGGGAGUAGUGUCCGGGAUUUGCUUCGUGCAUUACGAAACAAGAAAAACCAUUACCGGGAGCUGUCAUCAGAGGUACAGAAAAGUUUGGGUGCAAUACCUGACAAAUUUGUCAGUUACUGGACACAUCGUUUUCCUUUGCUUUUGUUGCAUACAUGGCUGGCAAUGCAGUGUGUGAAGUCUGAACCUAUAUUUUGCCAGUACUACCAACAAGAUUAUACAUUCUGCAAUAGCUUGACCAUGGAUUCUACAGGAACUGUAGAACCUAAUACACUGAGGAAUAUUAACCUCUCAGAUGAGAGCCGCUCAGCAGCUGUACUAAAUGGAGGAUCUCAUAUUAUAUCUAAUGUUGACCCAUUCAAUCUUAAAAGAAAGGUUUACCCUAAUGUGCAAACACCUAAAAAGAAACAAGAAAAUGGUAGAUUCUUGCGUAAAAUUGAAAGCCGUUCACCAUCAUCCAUGGAUUAUAAUUGGAGACAGAAUUCUAAUGCAGUAGCAGACUCCACAAAGGCUCUUUUCAAUAAUGUAGACAGUGAAAUGAAUUCCAGUGCAUUUUUGGACAGCCAGUGUGGAAAAAAAGCUGAUAGUGAGGGUUUUGGAGAGAACACUUUAGAUCAAGCAGAAACUGUGGUCAUUUCCAAACAUACUAAAAAUAGACUAGUGAAGAAUCUUCAGACAGAUUCAGAGACAAGUGAUUUUAGUGAUGUACAGAACAGAAGACAUGAUAAGCCAGAGUUAAGUGGUGUGCGAGUGAAGAGCAAAAAGAAGCAUAAACCUGUAGAAGUGCCGCUUGUAUGGACACUCUCCCUGUCAUCACCUGAUACUUAGGGAUGCUAUUUUUUGUUUUGCAAUAGUGAAAAUUUCCAUACUUGUGUUUAUGUCCACUUGAAUAUUUCAUGUGCUCUUUAUUUCUUCACACACAUUAUUUGUGUUAAUACUGUUACAUGACCAGAACUGCAAUACAUGCAGUGUUGUACGACCAGACCUGCAGGACAUGCAGUGGCAUUUGCUUUGAUAAGGGAAGAAAAUAGGCACCUUACAUGUCAUUUUACUGUUUUGCUGUAAUUAUGACUUUGAAUGAUGUGGGUGUAUGGCAUUUUCUCGUAAGACACCUUAAUUUAGCCUUUAUGAGCUGCAGUUAUUGUCUAGAAUUAUUAUUAUAUGAUUCUGAUUCUUCAAACAUUGUACUCAAAAAGUGAGAGAAUUGGUCUUCAGUUUUUCAUAUAGGUCAGUUCACCAGAACUGUAAGCUAACCACUCUGCAGGUUUUUGGUGAAUUUGGGUGUUUACUCAGUUCCUGUUCUAACUUGUUUGUUAAGAAAAGUGCACAAAUUUAAUGUUAAUUUUUUUGUUGAAAAGUCUAAGUUUGCUUCUUUAUUUUUCAUGUUAAAGCAGUAUUUGCUGUACAUGUUUCACUACAAAACAGGCACAAAUGAGUCACAAAAAGUAUUUAAAUGCUUAAUCAGUGUUGUCAUUGUUGCCAGUGAAUUAAAUGAGUCACAUUUUUACACAUAUUUACUGUAGUGAGAGUUCAUUAUAGAUCCAUUUAGUUAUUGCAGAGGAGGAUGGCAGACUAACUUCAUCGUUUUAUUAAAUAAGACUGUGACAGUGAUGGGUACAUCUCUGGUUCUUAGCUGGAUAUGCAAGGAAUUGUAUAUUCGUUAAUGUGCUUGGAAUGCUCUUUCCUGUUCACUUUUUGUCUCUUCUUUUCACAUGACUGAUUAAGUUGUAAUUAUUUGUGUAGUGUUCCAUGACAUCAUUCCAUUCUCAGUGUCUGUAACAACAAAACUUUAUUUUGAUCUCUUAUGUUAGGAAAGAUACCAUAUUCAAAGAACUUUUAGUUUGCUAUUCAUUUUCUGAGGUGGAGAAGAGCAGAAUGAAAUGUAAUAAGUUACUUUGGAAAUGGGUAGUACAGUGUUCCUCCUCCUCAUAUUGAAAUUUUUGGUGUACUUUUAUGUAGAUCCCUUUGCAGAUACAGUACUUUGUGUGUGUGUGUGUGUGUGUGUGUGUGUAGGAGGGGGCACACCCGUAUGCUAGAUUCCUCUCCCUUCCUCCCCCUCUCCUUCUCUCUUUCUCUCUCUCUUCCUCCAUUCCCCAUGAAUGGAAACUGCUGUUCCUCCUGAAGCUGCUGACUGCCACGUUUCCAGUAAAUACUUACUGCAGACAUUAUUUUCUUAAUGCUGAUAUUAACUUGAAACUUUUCACCUUUUUUUAUUAACACAUAUCUGAGAAUACUAGGUCCUUUAAAGUUGCAGCGCAAAAUUUUAUACGAUAACUUAUGCAUGUCAGUGCUUUAAACAGAGAAAGAAUUUUAAAAACAUUUGUACAGAAAUGUAAACUAUUUUUUUAUUUGCUACACCGAUGUUUAGGUGAAAAAAGUUGCAGAUAUAAACAGUGCGUGACAGGUAAAAAGUAGGCAUUACUUUUUAACUUUAAGUAUAUUAUGAAUGCUUGCUUGUUUUCCCCACAUGAUGAUCAGUUGAUACCAGUAAUUUUGCACACUGGCAAGCAGCUGGUGAUUAAACUGUGUCAGUAUUUGGACUGUGAUAUUCACUAAGUGUUUUGUACCUGUUAUAUAGUAGUUCAAAGAACUUUUUGUAUAAAAUGUGUUUUAUUAGCAAUAUGUUACAAAUUAAAUUAUUCUUCCAAAUUGUGGAUUAUUGAUUCACAAGCAGUACUAGUUACACUAUCAUGUCAAUGUACUUACUUGAAAGUCUGAAAUGUACAUUAUGGAACAGUUUUCUUAAGAUGCUUGCUGUGCUAAUGUUGAAACUGAGAUGAUUGUACGCACUAAAAAUGUAUUGAUAUAUCAUUUUAGUCAUUGUUCCUCCCUUGUUUUCUUUUAUUUCAUUUCAUUUUGAGAAUGUUUUGAAAGCAAGAUGUGGCAGUUUCAAUUUAGCACUUACAUGUUCAUACCUGUACAUGCAUGUGUAGCUAGGAAAUACUAGUGCAUAAUUUGUUUUUAGCCCAUGUCACAUAUAUGUUUUUAGUGGGAAAUCUAGUGUGGAAUACAGGAAAAUAUAAUUUGUAUGGUGGAAACAUAUCAUAUUUUUGGUGGUAUGUAUACUUUAUAGUUUUAAAUGAAAUAAUAUUUCAUUUUGUGUAUUAAACAUACUGGAAACAUUCAAAUAUAACAAGUUUAGAAAAAUGUUAAUUUAUGAACACUUCUUCAUUACAGUCCUGAACAUAAUUUGUACUGAUUGUAGUUCUUACUGCCAAGAGUUUACAUCCAUUGAAAAAAGAUAUUGUAGAUUAACUUCAUGGUAGGAUGUUCAUGUGGCCAGGCAAUAAAAACUCAUACUAGCACUUCUCCCUCCUUGUCUGUAUCAUCUCUUCACCCCUUUUUUUCUCCUCAUUAUAAAGACUUUUCAGAUGAAAAAUUAUUUCCAUUUAAUGAUGAAUGUAUUGCUUCUGAAAUGCUGUUGUUAAGUUGAUUUAUGAAAGCUUGUGGAAAUCAUAAAACAUUAAAAGAAACAUGUAUUUUUAAAGACUGACUUAAAAAUUAACUGACUCCAUGGUUCAGAGCUGAAGCAAAAUGGAGGUGUAUCAGUGUAUACCAGUUUAUCUGCUUCAUGUUUGUAUGAGGGAAUGGACACGCACAUUUUUGGGUCAUUAAGAUACUCCUCUUCUUGCAGAAGUUACUGAAAUUAUUGCUUUACAAACUAUCUUCAUGAUUUGAGAAACAGCUUUGUCCUUCAUGUGCAUGUCGUGUACAUGUAUGAAGUAUAUAUAAUUACCUCAGUUUGUAUGUGUUCAGUUACAAGUAAUUUUUGUCUUGCAUUCUGUUUUUAUUUUUCUUGGAAUAAAAUCAAAAAUGCUCAUUUUAAUCUGCUGUAAAGCUUUGUAACAGGCACUUCUUGUGCAUCUCUUGCAAGUGGAGUAAUGGCAAAGAUCAAAAUUAAUUUCACAUGUCAGGUAUUUAUCUUCAUUGGUUUGCAUGAGCCCUGGACACAAGCAGACAAACCAGAUUGUAAAAAUUUUAAGGAAGUAAUUUCCGUAUGUUUAAUACAAAAAAAUCCAUUUGUUUAAUAUAAUUUUCAAUCAUUUAUUAAGCCACACAUUUCUUAUGUUUGUAACACUGUUUGAAUUAUAUUCAGAGUUUAUUAUUUAUUCAUGUAUGUGGGACCAUAAAAUAAAAUAAAGAUGUUUGUUCAUAAAUAACA